AUGCCAUUUUCUGCGGAUCGCAACAAGACCGAGCUUAAGCUCGUCGUCGCAGCGCCUCCGGGAUGGAAGUUCGCCGCUGGCGACACUAUCAUCGGCUACUUGGUUCGCCCUGAGCCGAUCAUCACACCCGAAGCUACAGUUUCGUUAGCACUGAUGAGUUCUAUGAGGACCCAUAUCGAAGAAAGUGCCAGCAGGAAUGCCAGCAGCAAUAGAAACAGAAACAACCACAACUACAACGGCAACAAUCACGCCGAAUGGCAUCUUCUAAAUCCCAGACCGAUUACUCUCUUCUCCGGACCCUUGCAUGUUCCCAAAGGAAGCGACGAGGCGGCUACUUGGCCAUUUUCUAUUCAGAUUCCCACAAAACCUCAAGAAUCAGUGAGAUCGGGACAUCGCCAGGAGUCCAGCUUUAUUCCGCUAGAUAGGAACCACCCCGCUCACCAUAUCUUACCUGGCUCCUUCUCCACUGGAGGCGAGAGUAAAGAUGGAUUCUCUGAGUGCUGUAUCGAGUAUUAUCUCGAAGCGAAAUUGCGAUAUACUCGCGGCAGCGCGUGGCAGAGUUUUACUACGACCCAUCCUAUCACCAUAAGACACCAUGUACAGGAGACAAGUCUGCUGUAUAGUCUGCAGCAGCAGAUAAUGAAAAGCAAGAUCCGGACUCCGCGGUUGAUUCCGGGUAUGGAGAGUGCAGGCUUGUCGCUGAAACAGAAGAUGCUAAGAUUCUUCGGCUCGUCGAGGAUACCUGAAUUUUCUUGCAAGCUCGAGCUCUCCUUUCCUCGCGCCAUCCAACUUGGCGGUCCAUUGCCUAUUCCGUUGGCACUGAAUAUCACACCUGUUGAUGAGAAAACUAGCGAGUGUAUCAGAGGAGUGACGAGACAGGUCCGGGUCGAUUGGAUCAAGAUGAUGAUCUGCAAUAAAAGCGCCGUGCUUGUGCCGAGCAGGUAUACAAGCGCCCAGUAUGCAAGUACUCACUACCGCGAGGAGUAUUCGUCUACUAUCAGCCUGAGACUGGAAAGUAUUUUUGAAAAGCUUGAGUCUCCGUGCGUGAUCUCUACAGGAGAGGAUAGCCAACCUAUCAAUUUCGGACACAUGUUCCAGCUUGUUCUUCAUCCACACGGUUUGACUUAUGGGAAAGAAUUGAUCCAGCGAGUGCCGCUGAUUUAUCCUGAUUUUACGACUUACGCCGUCAAGCAUAGCCAUGUGGUGACGUGGAUGGUUUGCCUGACUGUGGCGGGAGAGAUGCAAACAGUGGAGACCAGUGCAGAGCUGAAAUUAGUAGCUGAUUCCUGA